AUAUUGAGCAGCAGAACUUUUGUCUGAGGCUGUGUUCUCCCUCCCAUCCUGUUUCCUCCCCAGGCCCUUCUCCUCCCUCCCACAGCCAGCCCUCCACACCAGAGCAGUGGUCAGUGGUCAGCAUCUCAGAGACACCUUCUGCCUCCCCAUCUCCAGGGAUCCAGCUCUGUGUCCGGCAUCUAAAGUCCAUGUGAAAAGCUUCAAGCCAAGCAACAUGUCCAGGUCCGAUGAGGUGAACAGACUGACAGAGAAUGUAUACAGAGUUAUAUUAGAUCAAUUCAACCCAAGUCUUAAGAACUUUGUCACAAUGGGGAAACAUUAUGAGAAAGCACUUUCAGGUGUUACUGUAGCGGCAAAAGGCUAUUUUGAUGCCCUUGUGAAGCUAGGGGAACUUGCCAGCAUCAGCCAAGGGUCUAAGGAGCUGGGUGAUACUUUAUUUCAAAUGGCUGAAGUCCAUCGGCAAAUCCAAGUCCAGCUGGAGGAAGUGCUGAAACUUUUCCACUCAGAACUCCUGGCUCAACUGGAACACAAGCUGGAGCUGGACAUUAAGUAUUUAACCGCGACACUGAAAAAAUAUCAAGUUGAGCAUCGUUCCAAGUCAGAGUCUAUUGAAAAAUGUCAGUCUGAGCUGAAGAAACUGAGGAAGAAGUGUCAAAAUAGCAAAAACCCCCAGAAAUAUGGAGACAGAGAGGUGCAGUAUGUUGAGAUCAUGAGCACCAAACAGUGUGAGUUGGACCAGUUUGUGGCAGAAGGGUAUAAGUCAGCGCUCACAGAAGAACGGAGAAGAUACUCUUUUCUGGUGGACCGUCAGUGUGCUGUAUCCAAGCACUUCAGUGCCUACCACAGCAAGGUGAAGGAGUUGUUAAGUGCCAAGCUCCCGUCAUGGCAACAGACGUGUACUCAGCCCACUAAACUUCCAGAGCGUGCGCUGAUGCUUGUGAAACAAACUGCUAAUGCAUCCAGUGAGCCCGUCAUCUCAGAUCCAGUGCCAAGCACAAAACCACUAGAUGUUCCUCCCGAACUUGCGCCCCUUCUAGGGGGAGGACUGUCUAUGAAUCAUCGGAUGUCUGUACAAGAGGUUCUUCCCAUACCUAAUGGAGAGAGCCAUCGAGCAAAAGGACCCCGGGACAUAGGAAACCCUAUUCAUUUAGAUCCAAUACCAUCCAAUCAAGUGAUUCCACCACAUCCAUCAACACCAACUUCAGUUACGCCUCCAACCCCUAAAGCCAAUGAAUUGUAUUCAUGUACUCUACCAAUACCACGCAAGCCAGCCUCUGAGAACAGACUGGCAACGUUAGUUGAAAAUAAAACUCUACCUCGGAUCAGUCCGCUAUCUGUUUUGCCCCCUCGAGUGGAACGACGCAGAGUCCAGGCUGUCUUUUCUCACACCGCGGGGGAGAACAGCACUUUACUCAACUUCCAGGAGGGCGACGUUAUCCUUUUGUUGGUACCAGAGGCCAGAGAUGGCUGGCACUAUGGAGAGAAUGAAUCCACCAAAAUGAAAGGAUGGUUCCCAUUUUCCUACACUCGGCCUCUUCCACCGGCAGAUAACACAGAAAAACAUGGCUCAAAUUUUCCGCUUAGUAAAUUGAACAGUAGCAGCACUGGAAAUCUGGAUAAAGUUGGUGUGUCCAUCCCUGAGUGUGAAAGUGUCCGGAUAGAAGCGGUCAGAUAUACCCCCUCACCUCGCACAAGCACCUUCCGCCAGCGGCCGUACAGCAUGAUCAGUCCUGACCUAGUGCAAUUAGCAAAUGAAUUUGGAAGCCCAGCACCAUCUCCUUCCAGGACCAACCCCUUUGCUCAUGUUAAACUGAAGCGAACAGUUACUAACGAUCGUUCAGCCCCUGUCAUUCAGUGACCUUGUGAUGUCCUUCAAGAAGAUGCUGCUUCAGGAACACUUUAUAGAAGACAUUUGUUUCUUCAGAUCUCUUCCAUAGACUGGAAAGGCCUGAUGUAAAUAAAACUAUGAUGCUUGGUCUUUUCUGAAACCAGCAAACAUUAUAACUAUGGAAAUAUUCUGUUUACAGCAGUUAUGAGAAAUUUCCCAGCAAUGUCUGUGUUGACUUUACCGUCAGAUGCAUGGUAGCACGCGUUUCGGUAAACACACUGUCAGCUGAAAGUAUUCAUGACCUCAGCAGUAUUAUACAAAAGGUGACCUUCUCUGAUCAUAUGACCAGAGUGUAGAUUAGCCAUGCAUUCUUAAGAUUGCUUCAUGUGGCUUGGAAAUGGGUUACCUGUAAGAGAUGCCUAGACACAUGAGUAAGGGCACCAAGUUGGCAUUCUGAAGGCGUAACUACACUACAAAGCUCAACAGAACUGUCAGAAAAAGAAAUAAUAGACAAGAUUAAGGUUGGAGUUCAAGAAGGAGUGGUCGCUUUCUCUGCCUUUGCUCUUUUGCCGCUCUCAUACUAUCUGUAAAAGAUGAAAUUCCAAUUGUGAAUACAUCUGUAACAUAUAUAGGUAUUUAAAUUGUGUUUAGUGUGCCAUAUGAAUGUAGCGCAAUGGGGCAGAUUUUCUAAUUUUUUUUAAAAUGUAGAGUGGCUCAGGCUGUCUUAUAAAUUUGGGGCAUGGAUAGACACUUUUUCAGGGCCGUCUUUAAUAUUGAUUGGACCCUGGGCAAAAAUUUACUUGGGCCCCCUGGAUCCCGCCUUCCCACACCUUAGCAGGCAAUCACGCCCUCCACCACAACACACACACA